UAGAAGAAAGUCCUGUAAACCAUUUUGUUGGUGAAAUCCCAGUUCACACUCAGUUAAUUGGCCUCUUUUGUGGGAUUUAAUCUGGUGGCAUAAGAACCUUGAAAUAAAUCUCUUAGCUGCGAUUAGAGAUGAAGGAGAGAUUAGCACAGGCAAGAGAGUUGAAGUGGUUUUCUCCAUCUCCAUUGGUGAGUCAGUGUGAAGACAGAGCAACUACAGAGACAUCAGGAAAUCAGUAUUUCAGUCAUCCUCAGGAUGUCCAAUUCAGGUAUUUUCUCCCUUCUAUUCAGCAAGUUACCAGUUUCAAGAUCCUGUUCAGUCCUCUGAAGCAGAUUUCUACUGCAUGCCUUGGAUCCAUGCUCCUAAUCAGCUUAUGAGCUUCCCUUGACCUACGCUUCUUUUCCUAAUGCGUGUCUGACUAUGGCUGUCCUCAAAGUCAAAUUCACCAAAACCAAGAGGGACAAAUUGGCUCAGAUCUUAUGGAUCCUCAACUGGGUUUCUGUAGUGAGUGGGAUCAUUCUCUUCAGUCUUGGCCUCUUUCUGAAAAUAGAGAUCAAGAAGCGCAAUGAAGUGAUGGCAAAAGGGGACAUUAACUCUGUCCCCAACAUGCUGAUCUCUGUAGGGGUCAUAGCAUGUAUCAUCAACUUUCUGGGGGGCAAAAUCUGCUACGACUGCUCAGAUGCAAACAAGUUCUCUCGCUGGAAACUAGUAAUGCUGCCAUACAUCGUAUGUACCUUCUGUUUCACCUUCUGCAUCCUGGUGGGUGCUCUCAUGUGCUACACCAUGAGGAAUGAACUGGAAGAGUCUCUCUAUCUGGGACUGAGGGAUGCCAUUAAGUUCUAUAAAGACACAGACAUACCUGGGCGAUGUUUCUUAAAGAAAACAGUGGAUUUGUUACAAAUUGGAUUCCGUUGCUGUGGAAACAAUGGCUUUAGAGACUGGUUUGAAAUUCAGUGGGUAUCUCCUCGGUAUCUGAAUAUGGCUUCCAAGGAGGUUCUGGACCGUCUGAAGAGCAACGUUGAUGGGAAGUUCUUGGUGGACGGAGUCCCCUUCAGCUGCUGCAACCCCAGCUCGCCACGGCCCUGCAUCCAGUACCAGCUGACAAACAACAGUGCUCACUACAACUACGAUUUCCUCACAGAGGAGCUCAAUAUCUGGAUGAAGGGGUGCAGAGAGGCCCUGCUGGACUACUACACUGGUAUCAUGAGGUCCAUUGGCAUUGCAGCAUUGCUUAUUUGGUUGUUCGAGCUCUCUGUACUGAUUGGUGUCCGGUACCUGCAGACAGCCAUGAAGAAUGUCCUUCUGCUAGGAGAUCUGGAGGGUGAAUCAGAUGGUUGGUUACUAGAAAAUAGUUUUGUGGAAACUGCCAAAUACAACAUCAACAUCAUUAAGAAUCUCGGCAAAGCCAACCAGAUCUCCACUGUCUCAGGCAUGAACGACCCCAACAUUAAUGUUCAAAACACAGACUGUGACAAAACUAAUAUUACAACAAAAUCUAUCCCUGCAGCUAGGUAGGCAGAUCUUCCAAGAAAUGACAUCACAAAUGUAGCUCUGCUCUAUUACAGUCCUACAGUCACCAGAUUUUAUCUGGUGGGGAAAAAAAAAAAAGUAGAAAAACUAGUAGAACAACUGAACAAGCCACAGACUGGUGACAACUCCAAAAACGCUGAUACUUCUUUGGAGGGAUGUGUUUUUACUUGUAAAAUCCCUGAUUCUCAACACUGCAAGAAACUUCUGCAAUUUCCCCCACUUUCUCUCCUUUACCUACAGACUUCUAUCAUGGUCUGAAUGCAUCAGAAUAAUCACUAUGCACAAGCAAAUACUUCAGACAGAGUGAGUCUACAUGUACUAACAAAGAUUAGUUGAAUGGGUACCAAAGAAGUUUGUCAUUACACCUAUAAAAGUCCCGUAGCAGAGAAAUCCCAAAAGAAAUUAUUACACUGGAUAAAAAGAUUGUUUAUAGAAAAGAAGACAAAAACUGAAAUGAAUAUUCUGCUGGUACAAGUUAGGAAAGGGGAAAUUUUAACAAAAAUAUACAUAUAUUACAGCCUACAAGAAUGCACCAUGUAUGUGAAAUCAGGUGAAGGCAAUAAAAGUUACCACAAAAGAAUUUAACUUGUUUUUCCCAAAAUGUCUGAAGUACCUUUUCAUUUCUUCCCCUCCAAUAGUUUAGAGAAAGCUAGUUGCCCCACUUCCCUGAAAGUCAAAGGGUACAGUUGAAAGGAGUUCUCUGCUUAAGAAAACUGCCAGCUUGUGCGGGAAUAUUAAAACUUCCAACUAGCAUGUGACAGUACAAGCUUAAAAACAAGUACAUACUUCCUAUGAAACAAACACUGAUGAUCCUAGAUGUUUGAAAGCUCCUAGUUUCAAAAGUACUUACCACACUGAUCCAGGGGUGGGAAGGUAAGAGGUUAUUUGUAAUCAAUGAAUGCAGACAGACUGACAGCUCACACAUCACACCCCUGCUACUCAGGAGCUUUGUCAAUGCAUAGAGUGAAAACCUUCAAUGCCCAAAACACCUGUAGUUACAGGAUGCCCUAUGACUGUAACUGAUCAUUAAUAGUCAGCAGGAAAAAAGUACCAAUAAAAAACAGAGGUGGAAAGACCAAAUGAAAUAUUUUACUUGUCACUGCUGUGAGUGCAUUCUUUGGAUAAUCAAGUAAAACAAGUUUUAUCACUGAAAUAUUUUAAAUAGAACAAUUCCUGCUUUUGAAACUGUGCAAAAUAACAGUAAAAAUUUCUUUACAUAAAUAUUGUAGUAUCCCAUGAGAAAAAGCAAAAAUUAUACUAUAAGGAUAUACUGUAAAUAAACUGUGCAAUGUAAUAAUUUGUAGUGUAAUUCCAG